AUGUCUGAAUCCAAGGUAAGUUUGAAGCUUCUGAUUGAUACAAAAAGCAAAAGAGUUUUAUUUGCUGAAGCUGGCAAAGACUUCGUUGAUUUCAUCUUUCACAUUCUUUUAUUGCCACUAGCUACUGUAAUUAGGCUUAUUGGAAAAAAUGGGAUGGUGGGCUGCUUGGGAAAUCUCUAUGAUAGUAUUGAAAAUUUGAAUGAUUCCUACAUUCAGCAUGGCCAGACGAAGGAUGUAGUUUUGAAACCGAAGGUGCAAACUCCCAUUACUUCAGUUCCUCUCUUACUUCUCAAAAAUAAACCAACUGAGAAGAGCUUUUACGGAUGCUCUCAUUGUUAUACUAUUUCCAAUAUUUCUGAUGACCCCACUGUGAAGUGUCCCAAAUGCUGGAACUCUAUGAAGCAGCAGAUGAAAUACGUUGCUCCUGCCCGCGUGAUCCAGGAGUCGAAUGACGGUGGAGGAUUGGUGAAAGGAGUGGUGACUUACAUGGUAAUGGAUGAUCUGAUGGUAAAGCCUGUGUCCACAAUUUCGAGCAUUGCUUUGCUAAACCAGUUUAAUGUGAAAGAAAUGGGUGCACUAAAGGAAAAGGAGGUGAACUUUGGGAUGAAGGAGGCUUUGAAGCUGUUGAAAGCAUCUCUUCGCACCAACAAGGUUCUAACGACUGUGUUCCUGAAGAUAUCUGAACACAGGAAUGCCCUCUACAACCUAUUUCUUUCAAGGAUGAAGAAGACUGUUAAAUCUGAACUUGAAACCUUAAUCCAAUACGACAAUGAAAUUUCUAGUCGAAACAAAAAGGAAAAAGAAGUUUUAUUCACUAUAGCUGGAAAAGACUUCUUCGAUUUCAUCAUUCACGUUCUUUCUAAGCCAUUAGCUUAUGAUAUUUGGUUACAAGUGAAACCUAUUUCCUCAGUAACAACUACCUUCGAUUUUUUCAACGAGUAUAAUGUCAUAGAAUCGUAUGACCUUGAAGAAAAGGAGGCAGACAUAGGAUUGAAUGAGGCUCGGAAGAUGUUGAAGGCAUCUUUAAACUCCAAAGACGUUCUAAUUCCUGUGUUUCUUGCGGGCGGCUUAGCCAAAUUGAAGGCUUUUGGCGAAAACUCAUAG